AUGGCUAGGAGAGGUCAGACUCUUGAUGACUUGCGUAUAGGUGCUCGAUCAUCAUGUGUAGUGAAUGCAGUCGUAUGCAUUACGGAUAUUGACUUUUUUCAGCAUCUUGAGAUGCAUAUGAGACAAGAACACCCUCCUCUUUGUGGUAGAGAUCAUCUUCACUAUCGCUCUUACUAUUUUCCGUGCAAAAAUGUUAUUGAUGGAGAUUUGUGUGAGCAAUUUAAUUCUAUUGAACCAGGAAAGCGACGUUCAAUAGCUGAAGAUCUUGACAGAACUCCAAGUGAAGUUGCCAAGAAAUUGGAAGACAUACGGACACGCUUUGCGUUUUAGAGCUGGUAGUUGUAGCAGUAUAAUUGUUGACAUCUGUAGCAAUUGUUUAUGUUGUAUGGUGUGUUAGAACAGCAAAGUGAAGAUGCUGAUAUUCGAUAACUUUUUGUGCUAUUAUGGCAUUUUGACUAUCCUAUUGAUAUAGCAAUAGGUGUUUGCAUAACGAUUGACAUUUUAGAAGUAAAAUAUUAUCAGUUGUGUGUGUCUAGCCUGAGAUAAAAUCUGCUAACAUA